AUGGCUGAAGGUGUGCUCUUCUAUAUUGCGGAGGAAAUAAUAAAGAAAUUAGGACUCCUAGCGGCUCAGGAGGUUGCUCUCUGGUGCGGGGUCAAAGAUCAGCUAUGCAAACUCGAGGCCACAGUUACCAGCAUCAAGGCUGUCCUGAACGAUGCUGAGGAGCAGGCACAGAAACAAAACAAUCAAGUAAGAACCUGGCUUGGGAAGCUACGAGGAGCAGUAUUUGAUGCUGAAGAUUUGCUGGACGACUUCUCGACAGAAGUUCAGCGGAAACAAUUGAUGUAUGGUAACAAAGUAUCGAGGGAGGUACGUACUUUCUUCUCAAGAUCAAACCAAUUUGUGUAUGGUUUAGGGAUGGGUCAUAAAGUGAAAACACUCAGGGAGAGACUAGAUGACAUUGAAGCUGACAGUAAAAGAUUCAACUUUGAGGUUCGGGAUGAGGAGAAAGCUUCUUUGACUAUUGUCAGGGAGGAAACAACCUCCUCUGAACCUGAAGUUAUAGUUGGGAGAUAUGGUGAUAAAGUGGCUGUUAGAAAUUUUCUGCUGAAUUCCAACUAUGAACAAAAUGUUUCUGUCAUCUCAAUAGUUGGAAUAGGCCGUAACAACAAUGAGAUCACUUUUUCUUCAUAUAUUCUACACAUUUCCAUUUGGAGAUUUCCAAACAAACUGCAGGAUGGGGAUGAUGGGAAUAAGCUUAACUGCAUUCUUCAGCUCACAGGAUUCAGUGACCUUGUUUACACUGAAGCUUAUUUGACUGUUUAUCCCAAUGACACUGCACUUAACGUCACAUCGAUCAACAGGAAAACAGACACCCUCCAGAAUUUGUGCUUGGAACUUGCCACAGUGGGUGAUCAGAAACUGGUGGAGCGGCCACAGAACAACACCCUGGCUCCAGAAUCUAGUAGGCAGAUAAAGGCCAACAUCAAGUACGAGACAUCAAACGUAAUUGAGUGGACAGUUGUUGGCCUUUACAGCAUCCACAUUGAUAUCAUGGAUUAUGUUUCUCCUGCGGUUUGUACUGGUACAGCUUUCAGAACGAUGUGGGCAGUGUUUGAAUGGGAAAACAAGGCACCACUGGCAUUCUUUUUGACUUGUUUAUUUCUGCAAUCUGUGUCACAUGCCUCCUGCAAUGAUGCGAGACUUUUCAACUUCCAUUUGACAUCAUCAUGCACAGAUAUAUCUGAGUUAACGGAACUUGAGUAUAUUGGCAAUUUGGCAGAAUUUCUGAACUGUAUCAUUCAGUUAUAUAUUGUGAAUGCCUCUUGA